AUGGAGGAAAACGAUUACCGCCGUCGAUACGGCCUCCGUGUCAUACAAGGGCGACCAUGGUUACUCCGCGGUGCGGGUCAAGGUCCGCUAGAAUUAUACGAAAGAGGGGAAGAGCUUUACACACCACUAUUUACCGUUAUGUUAGUGCCGUCCAACCUCGAGGACCCAAACGAAGAACUCGAGUUUAUGCUCGGAGAUCCACUUGAUCCAAAUCGUGGCCUACCACUCGACAUGGAUGCCAACAACACCGCGGAAAUGUUAAACGAACGCUUUCUCCAAAUGGAACAUUUGAUAAUCAACGACCAAGAUACUGUAGACGCCAUACAAAGGUUGCGGAACACGCUGUCCACCCAGGACUCUACCAACUGGAUCUUGUUGAUUGUAAUAAUAGCCACGAUGCACCCGCAUCCGAACGACCCUCCCAUGGUUCGGUUUAACCCCGGCAGAUUGUCGAUCAACCGAGCCGCUCGCAUGUUGGUGGGCUCCCGUGGUAUAGUGCAUGGUUGGUCUGGUGACAUGCCAAACAUAAUAAACGCGUUACAACAACACGGUGACUUUUCGCCAUUCAUAUGGUCGUACGAAUGUUCUAUUGACGCCGAGACGGAUGGAGACAGUUCGUUUGACUCAGAUUCCGUCGGUUACGAGAGCGGCAGUUGGAAAAGCGGGCCUCGUGGGGUGGCCCGUGGCCGCCCACCGGUUACCGGCAUGUCAUCUUUGAGCGAGGCGUCCACCGUGAUUACCAGCGACAACGAAUCCGUACAUCGGAUGGGCACUGUGAGCAAUGCCGAUGACGCGGAUGGAUCUUUCAGGCUUAAGAGAUUCAAGGGCUACAUGAGACGUUCGGCCAUCGAACGACGUGAGCGCCGAGCCAUGAGGCGGGCGAGACGCGAGACUCGUAACCACUACGACUGGCAGCGACGACUGGAAGAUCCUGCCUACGACAUGGAGGCUAGACGUGCCGAGAUAUUGGCUGCUGAGAGUUGCCGCAACGAGAGUCGCGCCCAAGAAUUGUUAAACGCCGAACGGAAAACGGAACGUGUCUUGCACUGGUGCCAGACCCAGCAGGGCAUAGUAGCUGGCAUGGACAGCCAGUUGUCUCCCAGCGACGAGCUGGUGGAUUACCGGCUGAAAGACUUGAGACAGUCACUUUGUGAACAGGUUUCUCUUACUUGGAUGCAAUUUUAUGGGGACCAAACGGCUGCUGAAGCGACACCCGAAGAGGUGGACCAAUUGGUAUUUGACUGCUGGAUGACGCCGGUCCGGUGGAUUCGCCAAACUGGCCCCAAUUGUGGAUUGGCAGUACUUGCUAUGGCUGCACGUCCAAUACUGACUUGUGAGGCAGCGAUGAGCAGUGCUCGUGAUUUUGGGGAUAACUACAAUGGAUUAGAAGACGUUGAUGAGCUAAACGAGGUGCUGAAAAAAGCCAUUUUGGACUCCACAGAAAAAGAGCGACGAAAGGCUGUACACUCUAUAAACAGUACAAUCCAUCCUGCACCAGACAUUGACGUACCUAAUUUAGAUGAUAUACAAAAGGAGGCUAUAAGAUCCGGCUACUCUGGCCGUGGUGAAAUGUUUAGCACCCAGGCCAUGGCCAGUCUGGCUAAAACGCACCAAACCGGACGAUACAAUGUGACGCUGGUAAAGCGUGAUUUAUUGGAUAUGACAGACGAAUUUAAUGAAAAUGACGUUGGUACUGAUAUAAUAAGAUCUGGUAUUGAAAACUAUAGUAUUGGGCCAACCGACCUCAACAUGGAUGAUGAAAUUAACGAAUUAGAUCAAGACAUCGCUCCACGUACGACGUCGUUUGAGAACGUAAAUUUACAACCAUCGUCAUCUGAACUGACCGUAGUCCAGCGUCUGAUGCGUGGUCACCUGAUCGCUGUUUGUUUUGAUUGCGAUAGGAGUAUGAUGCCGUCUUUGACAAAUGGUGGAAGCACAGCACAUUGGGCACUUUUAUGCGGUGUUAUCAUAGGAAAGCCCCAUAAAAGACAAGAAAAGAAAAUUCAGCAACACGACGACGAGUUAUCUGAUGAAGAUUUGUUAAAAUAUGGAUAUCUAUAUGCAUAUGAUCCGAAUGCGACCGAAUUUAUCCCAAAUGGUUACAUCGAUAGAAGAGUACUAGACAUUGAAAAUCCUAUUGGUAGAGCCACUACCCAAUCCAGCAGAAGUAAUUUGGAAAAUAUUAGUGUUGACGAUGCUAGUAUAGUAGAAGACGAUUAUGAUGAUACAAAACAAAAUUUCAUGGAAGACGCAAGUUAUAAUUCUUAUGACAUACCUGAUCUGGACUUGAAUCGGGAUGCUGACCGUGUGUGGGUGAUAGCCCGACAUGGAAAAAUAGGCGGUCGGUAUGCUGUGUGGUCUCUCAAAGAGCUUGCUAAAAGUAACUAUCAGUUACGAACUCCUUCAGAUAAGAUUUUGCAUAGCAUUCCGUCAGAAGUAAAAAUGCAAUGGGGCAACAAACAACAGCCCAUCGAUUGCAAUACUGCCAAUUUAUUCUUGGAGAAAACGGAAUCCAUUUCGAUUGAAAAUAAUCACGAUAGUAAGACCUAUUGUAAUUUAGACCUAGCCGAGACUGACUAUAAGUUUCUGCGUUCAGAGAAACCUAUUGUCGAGUUACCAGUUGAAAUUAGGCUGGAGGAAAAUAUUAUGGUUAUAAAGAAUCCAGUUUCAGAACAGAUACACGUGGAAGAACUAUCACCACCACUAAAUAUAAUACCAAAACCACCAUCACCACCACCAAUAGCACAACUAUCUCCACCACUUCUAUCAACAUUACCACCAACACAACCAUCACCUCCACCUCCACCACUACCGCCAACACAACUACCUCCAUCACCUCUAUCAACAUCACCACCAACACAGCCGUCACCUCCACCUCCACCACCACCACCAUCACAACUAAUACCACCGCCGCCGCCACCACCACCGGUAGCAAAAACAAACAUGUGUGAUGACUACAAUGAACCACCGUUUGUGUUACCUGAAGGACCUAGGCUCGAUCUGUGUUUGGCCCGUCAGUUCAUUUCAUUUGAACCAGUCCGGGUGCCGACCAUAAUAUCCGAUGAGGACAAUCAACAAACACUAAACCCAUUGUCCACGAUCCAGUGUCACUUUUCAUUUAAAAUGAACCAGGAUUUAAAAAUAUUGGAUCUUACUAAAAAUACUACAGAUCGCUGGUCAAGGCAACACCGUCGCAAGCCUUCGAUGUCAUCUUCAGAAAGUAGUACGUCACCAGAUCGGCAACUGACACGACCAAUAGAACACUGUCCAGUGGACCAUAUAGCAAAUCCAGAAGAACAUUUUGUUCAGUCAAAAUCAAUGAAACAAAUAAUUCAAUCCCAAAUGGAUAUAAAAUGGCCUCUGCAACUAAAACAACUGCAGCCACAGAUUUUCUCUGAAUCAAUUCAUCCUGAACGAAUUGAAUAUUUAUAG